AGAACCGCGGAAGUGCCUGCUAACCUGCCGCUCUGUGGUUGAAACAACAGCAGCUAGCCUACAGUACCGCAUAUGGACAAAAGCCGCACAGGCUCGUCUACGUAACGUCGAGGAGCUCUACUAAUGUCUUGAACAUGGCAGCGGUUGUUCGGACGGCAGCUUUGUUUUUGUACCUCUGGAGUGUUUUCAUGCAGUUCAGUCGCAUGUCAGGUCUUGGGAUCAAUGAGCUGCUUUACUUCCGGGUCAUCAGUCCAGAGGAGAUAGGGUACAUCUUCAGCGCAGCACCUGCUAAAGAUUUCGGAGGAGAUUUUACGUCAUCGUAUGCUGAGAUUCUCCUCGUGCCAGCAGACCCGGCAGACGGCUGCUCGGAGUUGGAGGACAGGGAAAUCUUAGAGGGACAAGUAGUGUUGGUGGAAAGAGGAGGUUGCUCCUUCGUACAAAAGGCCCGACACGUGGAGGAAGCAGGCGGCAAAGCCGUCCUGAUCGCCGAUAAUGCAGCGGACAAUGACAGCCAGUACCUCGACAUGAUCGCUGACGGAAGCGCUGCCAAUCCAAGCAUCCCUGCUCUGUUCCUGCUGGGACGUGACGGGAUGAUGAUCAGACGAUCGCUUCAAAGACAAGCAUUGCCGUGGGCUGUCAUUUCCAUUCCUGUCAAUGUUUCCUCGUUGGCCUCGUUCCCACUCAAGCAGCCCCCGUGGACACUGUGGUAGAAAUGACGCGCACCCACGACUUCAUGCAACGCCUCAAGCAAUAAACAUUCUGUCAUCCACUUAUAUCUUGUCCACCUUGAAGACACCCGCAGCCUUGCAGGGAAAAGUCUUCAGUGUUGGGUAAACAAAUUUACAAGCCCUGGUGGUGAACAAGUCAAAGUAGCACAUGCACACAUGGUUAUGUCGCGCUUAAACACACGGCAUAGGCCCGAGGGGCAAGCCUUUUUAUUGCUGUCUAAAUGGACUCUUUGACCAGAGCUGUCAAACCAGGUGAGGACAGACAACUUCAGCAAGACACAAGCAUGCUUAUUCUCAGUGCCCAGCUGGUUUUUAACAUAAUGAGUCUCCAGGGAUUUCUGUACGAUGAUUUGUUUGUGAAACUGGAAAAUUGUCAUAAAUAUGACUCAUAUCAGAUUUGGGUGCACCUUCUUUUUUUUUUUGCCUUGACAAACAGUACAAGCUGUUAUGCAGGCCGCUAGGAAGGGAAAACAACAACAACAGGCCCCUACACUCUAGCCCAAUACAGCAUACCAGGAAUGUCAUCUCACUGUAAAAUGAAAAUAAACUACUGCUAAUUUGCAUGGAUUUAAACAGGACGGCACUCUGACCCAAAUGUUUCUCAUAUUUGGUAAAUAUAAAGUGUUUUUUUCUUGCAUAAAAUCAUGUAUUGCCUUUCUGAGGUACAAAUCUACACAACUUUAAAGUACCACAUCUGUUUGCUUGUGCUUGAAGCUUGAAACGGGAGUCAUAAAGUGUUAAAUUUCUGUUCUUAGUUGAACUGUCAUUUUUUUUUCUGUAUCCCACAAGGUUUAUUUUAGACAAAAUGUUAACCCAAUGACCUGUUGGUCCUAGAAAUGUAUUUAAAAGACUCUUUUGGCUUUGAAGAUGUCCACAACCCCGUAUGCAGCUUUUCUCAACUGAUAUAACCUUCUGCAUCAAGUUGCGUAUAUUUCUGUUAUUUAACAUUUAAGUCACUUGCUUUAAUUUUUACAAUUUACAGUGGUUUUGUACAGAUAGUUUACAGAUAUUAGAAUGAUCACAUUAAACUUACUGGACUUAUA